UCGACAUUGGUAUCGACCCACCCACCCAGGCAGGGACCUUAGCUCCACUUCACGCGGAGGACGCUCACAUUCCACCCGAUCAUUCGCCGCCUUCCUCGGAGCGGAAAAAGGGAGGCUGGACAGUGUAAAAGUGUCGAAAAAAACAUCCUUUUUUUUUGUGGACAGGAUGAACAACAGUUUUUUAAACAUGGCGUCGAUCGGCGACUUCGACCCGCUCAACGCGUCAAUCCCUGCCACCAAAGUUGAAAUCACAGUGUCGUGCAGAAACCUGCUGGACAGAGACACCUUCUCCAAAUCCGACCCAAUUUGCGUCCUCUACGCGCAAGGCAUGGGCAACAAGGAGUGGAGAGAGUUUGGGAGAACGGAGGUGAUCGACAACACACUUAAUCCGGACUUUGUGCGCAAAUUCAUUUUGGACUACUUCUUUGAGGAGCGGCAGAACCUUCGAUUUGAUUUGUACGACGUAGACUCCAAGAGCGCCAACCUGUCAAAACACGACUUUCUGGGCCAGGCCCACUGUACUCUGGGAGAGGUGGUUGGAUCUUUGGGCAGCCGCUUAGAAAAGCCUCUUGGAGGCAUUGCUGGGAAAAAAUGUGGCACUAUAAUCGUGAAAGCCGAGGAGCUGAACAACUGCAGGGAAUCAGUCAUGGUGCAGUUUUGUGGCAACAAGUUGGACAAGAAGGAUUUUUUCGGCAAGUCCGACCCCUUCCUGGUCUUCUAUAGGAGCAAUGAAGAUGGCACGUUCACCAUCUGCCACAAGACCGAAGUAGUCAAGAACACAUUGAACCCCGUGUGGCAGGCUUUUAAAAUUCCUGUUCGGGCUCUCUGCAAUGGGGAUUAUGACAGAACAAUCAAGGUCGAGGUGUACGACUGGGACAGAGAUGGCAGUCACGACUUUAUUGGAGAGUUCAGCACCAGCUACAGAGAAUUAUCCAGAGGGCAGAGCCAGUUCAAUGUCUACGAGGUGGUUAAUACGAAGAAGAAAGAAAAAAAGAAAAAAUAUCUAAACUCUGGAACGGUAACACUGUUGUCGUUCCUGGUGGACAUCGAAGUCACCUUCCUGGACUACAUUAAAGGAGGGACCCAGAUUAACUUCACAGUGGCCAUUGACUUCACGGCCUCCAAUGGCAACCCCGCCCAGCCCACCUCUCUCCACUACAUGAGCCCCUACCAGCUCAACGCCUACGCCAUGGCCCUGAAGGCAGUCGGGGAGAUCAUUCAGGACUACGACAGUGACAAAAUGUUCCCGGCGCUCGGCUUCGGCGCCAAGUUGCCGCCUGAUGGACGCAUUUCGCAUGAGUUUGCUUUGAACGGGAACCCUCAGAAUCCAUACUGCGCAGGAAUAGAAGGCGUGAUGGAAGCCUACUACCAGAGUUUGAAGUCCGUUCAACUCUACGGGCCCACCAACUUCUCCCCAGUGGUCAACCACGUCGCCAGGUAUGCCGCAUCGAUUAAGGAUGGAUCGCAGUACUUUGUGCUCCUCAUCAUCACUGAUGGCGUCAUCUCAGACAUGGCCCAGACCAAGGAGUCUAUUGUCAACGCUUCCUGUCUGCCCAUGUCAAUCAUCAUCGUGGGGGUGGGGCCUGCGGAAUUUGACGCUAUGAUUGAGUUGGACGGCGAUGAGGUCAGAAUCUCAUCCAGAGGAAGAUAUGCUGAGAGGGAUAUUGUUCAGUUCGUCCCAUUCCGAGACUACAUCGACAGGACGGGCAACCACAUCCUGAGCAUGGCCCGACUAGCCAAAGACGUCCUGGCCGAGAUCCCCGACCAGUUCCUGUCGUACAUGAGGACCCGCGGGAUCAAGCCCGCGCCCGCGCCGCCUCCCUACACGCCUCCAGGACAGCCUCUCCAAACGCAGAUCUGAAGCGGAGGGGGAAGUUAGUUUCCGAGUCGCACAGGAGGCCACUCUCCAUGCCUUACCUGUCGUGGACCCCGGUGGUCGUUCUCGUGUUCUGGAGCAGCCGCAUGCCAGGGCCUGGAGGGAAAACCCUAAUCUGUUUACUUCCGCUGUCGAGCAUUCCUCUCACCGUCUGGAUUCUUUGAUUUUCUCAACUUUUAGCCAAGUGGCGUCGCAGGAAAAACAAAGGAGCAGGUUUUGUUUUUUGCUUUCCAAAAAGAAUGUCCCCAGACAACACUAAGGAAUGAAGAAUAACUUGUAAAUAAUCUUUCUGUCUCACUGUUUACAGUAAGGAUUUUUAAUGUUCAUACUUUUAUACUUCAAGCUUGUGAUGUUCUCUCUCUCUUUCUCGUUUAGUUUUUUACCCCUGACAUGUGCGUCAGGCAGCAGCAGUGCAGGUCCCGGUAGCCAGUCCGUACCGUACCGUGCCGUACCGUACUCGACCGUAUCCCUGGUGUUUAUCAACCUUUUUGCAUGAGUGUAGCCUGGAGCACGUGCAUGAAUAUAGCGGCCCUGCACUACCUCUUCCAAACCUCCGUCUGUCUGAGGUGGGUGGAGUGUGUAUGAGAGUGUGUUUGUGUGAUAGAAGAGUCCUAUUGUCUCUCGGUCUGUCAGUCUUCC